AUGGACAAAGAUUGCGAUAUGGUAUAUAAGAAUGUUUCUGACAUAUAUAAAUCUGAAGAAUUUAAGACCUACGACAACUUUGUUUCGUUAGUUGCAAAAUGUGUAUGGCAGAUAAGAGAUAAAGAUAAAAGAUGUAAAAUAUGGAACGAACAAAUCAGACCUACAUAUUCUGAGUUAAAGAAAACCAUUGACGCCUUAGUUGUUCUAGCAGGUCAAAUUUCAAUGUAUAACGCAAAAAUGAACCCACAAUGUUCAAAAUGUAAAGCAGCAAUAAGGAAAUAUAACUACUCCGUCAAAGAGAUAGAACGUAUGCGAAACGACUAUGCUGACUUAAAGAAAGAAGUAGAGAAACCAGCAGAAGAUAAAAUGGACAUGUUAGCAUUUCUGAACAAAAACUAUCCAACAGCUGACGAUUUCCUAUUAUCUGAUGUCAAGAAGAAGUAUAAAGAAACCUUCGGCAUAGUUAAAAUUUUUGAUAUUCUUCGUGAAGAAAUAGAAGCUACAAAACUGUUUAAAGUCAUGAACCAUCGCAACAUAUACCAUGUAAAACGCUUGUAA